UUGCUGGCAUGUGCCACAUCCUAUUCUUUGUCACAUACAAAAACCUGUGAUUGUGCAUUGCAUAUAAGAACCUGGGAACCUGUGCCCAGAGCCCACAACACACGACAACAACAGGAAUCAGCAGACCUGCACUUAUUCUCCAGGCCUGCAGGUUUUGGCAGCUUGGACAACACAGGAGGGCAUGGCCAGAGCUCUGGACAACACAGCAAAAUGGGCAACCCUGAUGGUGCUGGCCACCUUGGGCACAGCCCUGACAGUGGCCACCAACCCUGGCUUCGUGGUGACGAUCUCCCAGGAGGGUCUGGACUACGGCUGCCAGCAGGGAAUAGCUGUUCUACAGAAGAAGCUGGAGAACAUCAACCUGCCUAACUUCUCGGGAAGCUUCAAGCUUUUGGGGAAGGGGUAUUAUAACUUCUACAGCUUGAAGGUCCUCAAAUUCCAGCUUCCCAGUCCCCAACUAAGACUGCAGCCUGAUGUGGGCCUUCAACUCUCCACCGACAACAACAAUAUCAUUAUCAAUGGAAAAUGGAACGCCAAAAGGGGUUUCCUCAAAGCCGGUGGCAACUUCGUCCUGAGAGUAGAAGGUAUCUCCAUUUCAGCCAGUCUAAAGCUGGGCAGUGACCCCACCUCUGGCCACAUCACUGUUGCCUGCUCCAGUUGCAGGGACUACAUCAACCGUGUCAGCCUGAAAGUCUCAAACAGCAAGUGGGGGUGGCUGAUCCGUCUCUUCCAAAAGAAAAUUGAUUCUUUGAUCCGAAAGCUCUUGGACAACAAGAUCUGCAAGAUACUGAGCAAUUCUGUGAACACCAACUUGCAGCGUUACAUCAGGACUCUUCCAGUGACAUCCAAAAUAGACAAGGUGGCUGACAUCGACUAUAGUCUGGUGGCUCCUCCAGUAGCAACGGCUGACAGCCUGACCUUGCAGAUGAAGGGGGAGUUUUUCAGACAGGCCAACCGCAGCUCACCUCCCUUUGACCCUCCGGUGAUGGCGAUUCCCCCUGGGCACGACCGGAUGGUGUACCUGGGCAUGUCCGACUACUUCUUCAACACAGCUGGGCUUGUGUUCCAACAGGCUGGGGUUUUGAAAUGGACCCUCACGAACAGCACUCUGCCAAAGAGAUCCAAAUUCCACUUGACCACCAGUUUCUUUGGAAAAUUCCUACCCCAGGUCUCCCAGAUGUUCCCCAGCAUGGAUGUGCAGCUUGUCUUCUCCACCUCCUCGCCACCACACCUGGUCAUGGAGCCCACUGGCCUCACCUUCACCCCUAACCUGGAGGUCCAGGCCUUUGCUGUCCUCCCCAACUCCUCCCUGGCCUCCCUCUUCCUGCUUGGCAUGAGCAUGAACGCACAUCUGAAGGUCAGUGCCAACUCUGACAGGCUCGUGGGAAAUCUUACGGUGGACAGGCUGCUCCUGAAACUGAAACACUCCAAUGUUGGCACCUUCCCGGUGGAGCUGCUGCAGGAUGCCAUGAACUACAUAGUGCCCCUGGUGGCGGUUCCCAAGGUCAAUGAGAGGCUGCAGAAAGGCUUUCCUCUCCCAGUGACCAAUGGGAUCCAGCUCCGCAACCUGGUGCUUCGCUCUUACCAGAAUUUCCUGCUGCUUGGAGCAAAUGUUCACCUUGGCUGAGGUGACUGGGGCUGCACCUGGAGUGGGGACCAUGGCACCUGUUCCUGAGGCGCUGUGGGACAGGCUCCCCUUCUCCAGGGAGUCCUUACUAGACCUUGCAAACCUCUCUGAGCUCUCAUCUGGAAAUGAUCUGAACACGGAGAGUUCAUUGGAAAAGUUCAUGAUGUACAUUUCAGGGAUUCUGUGCUGCUCUCAAAGCAGUCCACGACAUGUCCUCCAGGAAUCGCAUUUCAAUUGUGAUCAUAGUAUUUCUUUUUGGGCAUCGUUUAAAAAAAACCAAAAAAACAAAACAAA